CCACCGUUUCCGCGGCGCAUCGGCUACCAUCCAGCGGCCUCGUGAGAUUGCUCACUUCUCCUACGACGACGACCACAUAUACCGGCCAGAUGACUCGGGUAUCAACUACUAUGUCCCGCCCCCCAUGGGCGUGGACCUCAAAGAGGGAUUCGACACGUUCAGGCACUACGAGGAAAAGGAAGACCCGCAUCUGGACAGCUUGCUGAAGGCGCUCAUGGACAGCAAGACGGCCAAGGCACAUGUCAAGGCAGACUUCAUGACCUGGAGGGGCAUGAUGACCAAGGUAUGUUGAGCAGGCUGCCGCGCAAACAGCAAGAUAAUGACGGCGCCCUUUGACAACUUUGCCGAGUUUUCCAUGUUUGCGACUCUACACGACGGAACCAUCUACAUCGAGGAAGACUUUCCCUCACGAGCCGCACAACGUGCUGCAGAAGCCAGUCGACCACCCCCUCGUCACCAACAUCCAGACCAGCAGUCGCGAGAAAUGAUGACGUACUGGGGCUACAAAUUCGAGAAACUCGCCCUGAUACCAACGCUGCCUUCGGAAACACCACCCCACGAAAUUGAGAGGCACCAGCGGGGCAUCGUGUCCAACCACGCCCAACACUGCUCCAUUGUACACACAUCGUUUGGCCCCCACAGUCUCAUCCUUGGCGGCGAAGUUGAUGGCCUGCUCGCCCCGAAAUCCACCCAUCCCGACCAGCCUCCGCAAUGGGUCGAGCUCAAAACCAGCGAAGAGCUGCCUCCCCCGCACCUCCAACAACACCGCGACAUUCUCAAGUUUGAACGCAAGCUCCUCAAGUUCUGGGCCCAGUCCUUCCUCCUUGGCGUCCGCAAGAUCACCGUUGGCUUCAGAAGUAAGAGUGGUAUUCUAAGGAGCCUGCAGACGUUCAACACACAUGACAUACCCGGUAUGGUGCGCAGAGGUACAGGCUGCUGGGACGGCAAUGUUUGUAUUAAUUUUGCAACCGAGUUUCUGGCCUGGUUGAAGCACGUGGUGCGUGACGAGGGUGUGUAUAGCGUGAAUCUGAGGAAAAAGAGUGGUGUUAUUGAAGUGAAGAAAGUGCGCGACGGUGUGGAUAAGAUAGUUAGUGACGAGUAUAGAAAAUGGAGGGCUGAACAGGAAAGUGUAGAUGAAGUGGACAAGGCUACAGGGGGUGGAUCAAUUGAUAAGACAGAGGGCAAAUCAAGUGGAUAAACUACAAUGCAGUCGCUUCUUAACAUGGAUGAUAAUACCUUCGUAAGAAAUACAAAGCAACCCGC